AUAUUUGCAUGGUGACGUAGGUGAUGUGCUCCCUUCCUGGGGUUGAUACAUGGCGGAAGGUGAAAGUUGCUAUAGUUUGGACAAAAUUUGUGUUGUUAUUCUCCAAACUCGGGCGGGCUGCGAACCCCUGUCCAAUGCGGCAUCGUCUGUGAUCCUCUGACGUUCUCCCUGACAGGAAAAGCGAGGGAAAGAGCUGUUUAUCUGGCGAGUUUUCGCUCAACAUAAUUUCUGGCGCAGCCCGACCUAACCGAACUCUCGGGGGUCACGUUUGUGAUACUUGUGUGAGACGACAAAGUUUCACAGGAGUUGUACUCCAUGAUGACGGAGAAAGAGGAGGUUGUCGUAGCCAAGUACAACUACGAGGCACAGCAGGACCAGGAGCUGGACAUCAAGAAGAAUGAGCGCCUCACGCUAUUGGACGACACCCGCUCGUGGUGGCGCGUCCAGAACGCCAAGAACCAGGUCGGCUACGUGCCGUCGAACUACGUCAAACGGGAGAACAGUAAAAAGGGGAAAUCCAUCAAGGGUAUAUUUGGGAUAAAGAACAAGGUGCAGCGUAACCCGAGUGAUAGAUCGGGGAAACAGGAGGCGGAACCGUCGGUGAGAGGCCGCGAUUCUCCGUCCGAGUCGCAUCAACUCAACAUCAUGGCCACGGUUAAGUUCAACUACACGGCCGCGAGGGAUGACGAGAUUUCGCUGGAGAAGGGGGGGAAAGUUACGGUCAUGGAAAAGUCGAGCGACGGGUGGUGGCGCGGCGAGUAUAAUGGGACGGUCGGUUGGUUCCCGUCCAACUAUGUGGUGGAAGACGCGGAGGACAGUGGGGACGGGGUGAAGUCGACGGGGACUGUGAAAGGCGGGCCGAACGCGGCAGUUACGAACGGCGCCGGCCCCGUUAUCUGUGUAGUCAGAACUUUGUAUCCCUUCACGUCGCGAAACGAGGAGGAACUAAACUUCGAAAAGGGGGAGUUCUUGGACAUUAUCGAGAAGCCGGAGGACGACCCCGAGUGGUGGAAAGCGCGAAACCAGCAGGGCGAGACCGGACUGGUACCGAAAAACUACGUACAGGUGGACCCCGGCGCACAGCCGGUUAGCUUUGACGCAGUAACGGGGAUUACCACCCAGCUCUCCACGACUUCUCUGAAUUCCGCCGUGCCGUCGCCAGCACGCCACCCGCCAUUCCCCGACAAAGACUGGUACUACGGGAAAAUAACACGCACCCAGGCCGACCAGUGGCUGAACCAGCACGGCGGGGACGGAGAUUUCCUGGUGCGAGACAGCGAGUCCAACGAGGGAGACUAUUCCAUUUCUCUGAAGGCGCCCAACAGAAACAAACACUUCCGCGUGCAGAAGAUCGACAGCGGCGGGCUGAAGAUCGGACAGCGGACGUUCAUGACCAUGGACGAGCUGAUCGAGCACUACAAGCGGGCGCCGAUCUUUAACAGCCAGAGUGGCGAGGAGAAACUGUACCUGGUCAGACCCUUCCUCCCCCAGGGGUCCUGAUGUGGUACGGUCCGUCUCCCAGCCCAGAUUUGUACCUCAUCUGAACACCACCUGCACCAAACAUGCUAAACUUACAAUAAACAAUCUCUACCUUUCACCCCUUGUAGACAGUGGUUACUUCCAGUCACCUCCAUUUGUCUUAUGUUUCCUUUGGAAUUCACCACUUUCAUUUCGGGGGUUAUAGCAUCUUGACAUAUAAUGAAAAGCAUAUAGAAAUUUGCAUCAUUGAGCCUUGGUUUAGCCAUGAAAUAAGAUUUUGAUGUAUAUAAAAAUAUAUUGAUGUAUUCGGUAGAAUUACCAUAAAGUACAUAUUUCUGUAAGGCAUGUAGGGCAGAAUGUAAUUGUGCCCUUGGGGCAAAACCUGCAAUGUCCAUUCACGGAUGACAUCUCAAAAACUUUCAAAUCUUGUGUUCGAAAAAACUGCAAACAGGCAAAAUUCUGAUGCAACGUUGACCAAACUUCCAACAAAAACUAGGUUUCACACAGACGCAGUACGUCUAGAUAUCAGUAUGUUUUGACGUGCUGAUAUCUUGUCACGUACAGAUACUUGUCCACUUCUCUUGACUCUUUUCAGUCUAGUGGUAGGCUUGGGAUUCAGUAGGGUUCUCAGUAAACACUGAUGUCUUGUAGGGGUUGCAUUUGUGUAAGCAUCAUUUCAGCUGUUGCCUGUCUCAGAAACACCCAGACAGACGAUUUAGACCCCUUUCCACUAAACAGUGUUUCCUGAGUGACUGUACAUGUACUGCAACCAAAAUGUGUGGGACCCUUGAUUUCAUAAUAAUUAUUGAAAUAUGAUACAAUAAGUAUCACAACAGAACACACAAAACGUUUGAAAAAUUUCUUCUCCAUCUAUCAAAACCUUUUCAUCAUUGUGUAUAAUAUUACUACAUUCAUUCAGCUUCUAGCAGUCUAGAAAUAAUGACAUUAAAACAUUGCUGCGACGCCCAUUAUACCUAUACAGUGUUCUAGCCAGUGUCUGUCUUGACUAAGUUUCCGUCAUUUGAUGGAAUUUUGUCAUCAUGACGGACAAAAAUUUUGCCAAAUCUUU